GUGGCGGUAAGAAGCCGGAGGCAGCGGGGUGACAGGAUGAUGAAUUGAACAUUUGUCAUUGUCUAAAAUGUGAUGCAGUGGAUUUUGGAGGGAGCUGGCACAGAAAGCUCUGAAGGUUGCUUACGUUGGUGGUUGGAAAAUAUUUAAGUCUCAACAAAUGAAUUCCACACUUGAACUCUGCCGCAUUCCUGUGCCACCUCCUCCUUUAGAAAACUGAUCUUAGAACAGAGAGAUAAGAGUAACAGAAGGUAGAAGAAGAUGCUGGGAUCUGAACGUGGUGUUGUGGAAGAAUGGUUAUCAGAAUUCAAGGCAUUACCUGACACUCAGAUCACCAAUUAUGCAGCAACUUUACACCGGAAAAAAACAUUGGUACCAGCCCUCUACAAAGUUAUUCAAGAUUCAAAUAAUGAGCUCCUGGAACCUGUGUGCCACCAGCUGUUUGAGCUCUAUCGUAGCUCUGAAGUUCGACUGAAGAGGUUCACGCUGCAGUUCUUGCCAGAAUUGAUGUGGGUUUAUUUACGGCUUACAGUUAGCCGAGACAGACAGAGUAAUGGUUGCAUUGAAGCACUUCUGUUAGGAAUUUAUAAUUUGGAAAUUGCUGAUAAAGAUGGAAACAAUAAAGUUCUGUCUUUUACUAUCCCUUCUUUAUCUAAGCCUUCAAUAUACCAUGAGCCCUCAACAAUUGGAUCCAUGGCUUUGACUGAAGGGGCAUUGUGUCAGCAUGACCUCAUCAGGGUUGUUUAUAGUGAUCUUCAUCCUCAGAGGGAAACAUUCACUGCACAAAACCGGUUUGAAGUCCUGAGUUUUCUUAUGUUGUGUUACAAUUCUGCUAUUGUGUAUAUGCCUGCUUCAUCUUAUCAGUCUCUUUGUCGGAUGGGCUCCAGGGUUUGUGUGAGUGGGUUUCCACGACAACAUGAAAAACACUGGAAAGAACUCUGUGGUCGAAUAGUAUUGGAUCCCGAAUUUAUGGUGCAACUUCUCACCGGGGUUUAUUAUGCCAUGUAUAAUGGACAGUGGGACCUUGGCCAGGAAGUCCUUGAUGACAUCAUUUAUAGAGCUCAGCUAGAACUCUUUUCUCAACCACUAUUGGUUGCUAAUGCCAUGAAAAAUUCAUUACCAUUCGAUGCUCCUGAUUCUUCACAAGAAGGCCAGAAAGUACUUAAAGUGGAAGUCACUCCGACAGUGCCGAGGAUUUCUCGGACUGCAAUUACAACAGCUUCCAUCCGUCGCCAUAGAUGGAGGAGAGAAGAUGGCUUUGACUUCUCAAACGAGGCUGACUCGAGUCUUCCUGGCUCCCCGAUCCAACACGGCUCCACUGACCUAGGGACCAAACGUGUGCAAGAGGGGGAGGUGCUGAUGCGCAAGACCCCUGAGCACGGCUCACCGGAGCCCAACUCAGCAGCAGCCACCACAGAGGGUGCUGAGGGGGUAAAUGGAGAAGAGGAGUCGGUAAACCUAAAUGAUGCAGAUGAAGGAUUUUCAUCAGGGGCUUCCCUCAGCAAUCAGCCACUUGGGACCAAACCAUCCUCCUCUUCUCAGAGGGGAAGCUUAAGGAAAGUAGCAACUGGGCGUUCAGUCAAGGAAAAAGAAACGGCUUCUCCCAUCAAAUCCAGUGAAAGCCCCCGAGAUUCAGUAGUUCGCAGGCAGUAUGUACAGCAACCUACUGAUCUUAGUGCAGAUUCAAUUGAGCUGACACCGAUGAAGAAACACCUGAGUCUGCCUGCCGGCCAGGUGGUGCCAAAAACCAAUAGUGUAAGUCUGAUCCGGACAGCCAGUGCUUCCUCAAGUAAAUCAUUUGACUAUGUAAAUGGCAGUCAAGCCAAUACCAGCUUUGGGGUUGGCACUGAGGGAGUUACUAAUUUAGCCACUAGCAAUGCUAAUCGAUACUCGACUAUCAGUCUGCAGGAAGACCGGCUAGGUCAAGCUGGAGAAGGCAAAGAGCUCCUCAGCCCGGGCGCCCCCUUAACCAAGCAGUCUCGAUCCCCAAGUUUCAAUAUGCAGCUCAUAUCCCAGGUGUAGAUUUGACGUCCUGUCUCACCUGUCUGCUUACCUUUUAAACUGAACACUUCAUUGUGCAGGAAGAAACUGCAUCCCACGUUGUGAAAAUACUGGUCAUCGUAAUCAGAGUUGAUUUAGUUUAGGUAUGUUCAUACUGUAUUUUGUAUGGAAACAGCAAUAAUGUUUUCUUUCUUCUCCUUCCUAUAUCUUCUCUUCACCUCUUCCUUGUGAAUGUGUUUGUGAAGCAGUAUAAAAUGUUUGCAUUUUCCAUGCCUUCCUUUCUCCUUGGGUGAUGUGCAAUCCGUCGUAGGCUGAUCGGUCCCAUUUCAACACUGUGAGACUGAGGAUAUGUUAGAGGAAAUGGUGUAUAUGAUCCCUAUGAAAUGAUUCUUUGGCUUUCUUUUAAAAACACACACACAAAAACGGGUUUGUUCUCAUAAUCUAUAAACUAUGAAUACUGGGUCAUAUUUUUUUUCUCUCUUAACCAGGAGUGCCUCAGAGAUUCUGCUAUGACUUUGGACUUCUCUGAGUCUGUGCAAUCAUUUUCUUGAGAAGCAUGGGGAAAGGUGGUAGACUCUGCACUUUUUUAUUAAAAUGAGUGUCUCUUUUUCUCCCAUCUCCUUUAUCUCGAGGAUACGAAUGUUUAGUUACCGAGGCAUUUGAAUCAAGUGUGGCCACCUCCAUUAGAGGGCAGUUGAUUGUGUAAUAAUUGAUAAUGCACUUUCUCAAUGGCUCUAUAGUCAUUAUUAACAUGUCUUCCCUCCUCCCCACAAGGACAUAAGGUUAUUUCUGUCCUUCAAGUUUGAACAACUAACAAAUCAGAGAAUCCAAGGGGCAUGUUCUUUUUCCCAGGAAUGACUGACACUGGUGCUGGGGUUUUGUGGCGGGAGGGGUGGUCUUUGUUUAGCUUAUAUGGGAUUUUGUGUGUGAGGGGAAGUUUUGAUUGGUUUUCUUUCUUUGUGAGCUUAUGACUGAAGUAGAACAAGUACGUCUUCAGGUAAAGAGAGGGAUUUCUCAAGUACUUUCUGUGAUGUCAGACUAUUGGAGAAACCCUUUCAGCUGCUUUCUAGAUGUACCUAAAUUCAGUCAGAUAUUUUGGAUUAAGAAACCUGAAGUCCUGAUAUAUCAUAUACUCCAAGGAAAUACAUCAGGGACAGAUAAUUGGCUGAAAACACUGACACUUCAAUGUGACACAUUUUUAUAGAACAUUUCUACGAGGGGGUACUGACUUGAUUUCUCCUACAAGGACCACACUGCCUUUGUGUUUGAUGUAAUGCAAUUUGUGUACCUUCUAGUCAUAUAGCUGCAAAAGUUUCUCAUUUUUAUAAAACUUUGAAAUCAUGCCAGUAAGUUAAAUGUUGAAUGUAUGUAAAGUAGCAUUUGGUAAAUAUGCUACAAAAAUGCAUUAUUGGUUAAAAAAAAAUCUGAUUUGGUUGGUUAAAAUUUCAUUAUGACCUCUUCUGGGUCUCAGGCUCUAAUGCUUGAUUAAAUAGAAGAGAAUAUGUUGGUUUUUGAAAAUCAGUAUAUUGUGACUUGAACUAUGUGUUAUCCUUCCACAAAAUACAUCAGAACUAUUAGUGCUUUGUAUAUUUAGACAUUUUUAUUUUACUUUUGUGAAAGAAAUAUAUACUGAAUUUAUAGAAAGCAAGUAUUCUCGUAAUUAACAAAGUUUAAAAUUUACCUCUACCAAUUAAAAUUAUAAUAGAUUUUGAUAAAAUAACUGGAAAAAUGCCUCUUAUUCUUUUCAGACCUAUAAUUCUCCCCCUCCUUUUUUUUUUAAUUAUAAGAGGUUUUUUGUUUGUUUGUUUUGUUUGUUCUUAAAUGGAUUUUCUGUUAUAAUCUAUAUAAAAACAAUUAGAUGCUUAUUUGCAUUUGGUGGUCUGUAACAUUUUUCAUCUCAUAUUAAAAUGGAAAACUAGAACCUGAACUAGUAUCUACGAAAUUGCCAAAGUCCAGGAUAAAGCUAAAAGUUGAUAGAGAUUUAUUGAUUUGUAUGUGUGUGUGUGUGUACGUAUGUGUGUAUAUAUGGUGUGUAUAUGUAUAUAUCACAAAGACAAUAUUUUAGGUAUCCCUUCUAAUUUAACUAAGAGAUGUCAGAUAAAUGAAUUAAAAAUUAGCCAAAAUAAAUGAAGUGUAAAGAUUUGUAACAUAGUAAGGAAAGCAAAGUUUAGGUAUAAAAGGAAAAGAGCAUUAUACUUAACCAGGGUGAGAGAUCUUAGCCAUUGCUGGAGGUCAGUUACUUUUAUGGCAGAAAUACCCACUUGACUUAGGAGGCUGUUUUUAAUGCAACAAAUUGAACAUUUAUUGACAUCUAACAGUAGUAUGAUUUUAGUUAAAGCACACAAAAAAUACCAAAUAAUAUCAAAUUACAGCAAAAGCUCUAAUAAAUGUAAGAUCUCCCUUUGGUUUAUUAGAAAUCUUAUACCUGAAAAGUUGGUUUUGAAAACUUUCUACUUAGAGGAUUUCAUUUAUGUGUAUGUCUAUGUAUAUAUUUUGUAUGUAUACAUAACCCAUUAAUGUUGCAUAAACCAUAACAUUUAUGUUUCUUUUAAGUGAUGUGAUUUGGCCCUAAUGAAAAAAACAUUUUAUUUAGUUCAAACUUUGCAUUCAGGAUUUAUGUUCUGUGCAAGGUAUAGUUUAAAUGGAAUGAGUUAGUUUAACAAACUGUAAGUCAAAUUUUGUAAGAAAUUUUUCAUAUUCAUCUACAUUAUUUAUUGGAUUUAAUUAAAAAUAUGUCUUGGAUGUACAAUAGUUGUUAAAAUAUAUGCCAGCAAUAUCCUUUAACAUCCUUUUAUUUUAUACUUCCUAAUGUUCAUUUAAAAGGAAAAGUCCUUUUAUCUGUGGAACAGCUUAUUAGGGAGAAAAUACUUUUUUCUAUAAUAAAACAAUUUGAUGCCAUCUA